AGGUGGAGGCGGAGGGAGGCGGCGGCGGCGGCGGAGGGGGGAAGAUGGCGGCGCCCGUCCUGCUGAGAGUGUCGGUGCCGCGGUGGGAACGGGUGGCCCGGUAUGCAGUGUGCGCCGCCGGGAUCCUGCUCUCCAUCUACGCCUACCACGUGGAGCGGGAGAAGGAGAGGGACCCGGAGCACCGGGCCCUCUGCGACCUGGGGCCCUGGGUGAAGUGCUCCGCCGCCCUGGCCUCCAGAUGGGGUCGAGGAUUUGGUCUUUUGGGUUCCAUUUUUGGAAAAGAUGGUGUAUUAAACCAGCCAAACAGUGUCUUUGGACUUAUAUUUUAUAUACUACAGUUAUUGCUUGGCCUGACAGCCAGCGCAGUUGCAGCUCUGGUCCUCAUGAGCUCCUCCAUUGUGUCUGUGGUGGGCUCUUUGUACCUGGGUUACAUUCUGUACUUUGUGCUGAAGGAGUUUUGCAUCAUCUGCGUCACCACAUAUGUGCUGAACUUCCUCCUCCUCAUCAUCAAUUACAAACGACUAGUUUAUUUGAAUGAGGCCUGGAAGCGGCAGCUGCAGCCUAAGGAAGACUGAUGCCCAGCGGACUCCACCCAGCCGUCUCAAACACUUCUUUCAUUAAGUUUAUUUUGCAAGGUGGUUUUUUGUUUUGAUUUUUUGUUUUUUGUUUUUUGUUUUUUGUUUUUUUAAUUCACAACAGACACUUUCCCUGAGAAUCUUAAACUGAUUUUUUAAAAUAUUGUAAAUUAGAAGGGGCCCUAGCUAUUUCCUGUGUCAGUCUUCAUUUUAAAUCCGGAUACAAAAAAAGGAUACGCCGAGCCAAUCAAAGACAAGCUUUAACCUUACCUUGAAGAUGUUUCUGAGAUAAUAAAAUGUAGCCCUAGCCCCGGUCCUCAGCCGUAAAGUGAGCAGCCAUUGCUAGUCAUUCUUUAAUGUGUAUAAAUUCAAUUUCAGGUAUAACAAAUGUGAUCAUGAACAUGAAAAUAUUUUAGAAUAGAUACUGUAUUAAAUAUUGCCAUGUUUACAAUAUGUAAUAUGUUUUUAGCUGAUGGAUUUAAACCUGUAGAUUCAAUUAGAGUCCAUUCGUGUGAUAUUUGUAAAUAAAGGUAGAAACAUUGGAUCCACCCCUGCAGAACUUACUGUACAGUUUAGUUGAAGUGUAGCAAGGAAUUGUCAGCUCAUUGUGACUGAUAGUGGAGAUAGUAGAGGCAAGCAGAACAUCUUGGGAAACGUGCUGAUAGCCCUGGUGCAGUAUUGACAGCAGAAACAGUAGGAUGGUUGGUUCCCUUCCAUCUCCCACUCUGAGAGGAAGAAACUAAGUCUGAACAUCCGAGUCAAGCUUGACUAGUCAGAGCUGGAUGGAUCGUAAUGGAACAGGAUGUCACGUGACUAGACCUUUUAAUUCCAAGGCUCUCAGGACACUGAUGGUGGGAAGUGGAUAUAGUCUUUGGAGAACAACUGAAAAACCACUAUGGCGUUUCUGGAUAAAGCCUCUUAAACAGCGGCUGCCCUCUCUAUACGCAUGUGUUCCCUUGAGUCCGGUGCCAGUGAGCUGCGCAGUAUUCCGACUGAAGUAGGCACAGGCCAGGUGCUCUGAGGUCGGGCCAUAGUGUUUCCUUUCUCGUUUCUUCUGCACUAAGGAUGGUCAGUAAGUGUUUCAGAAUCACAUACUGAAUGUGUAAACCUUAGGGCUGUCGGGAGGAACCGUUUGCUGACUCAGAAGAAACACAACGUGGAAACUGUCCCACUCUGGUAGCCACACAGAAGCAGUGAUCUGAAUAAACCCCAAUGGCAUGGCGGCUGUGUUUCUCUGGUUAGCGUCUUACAGGAGAUGUUAAAAGUGCCUUCUGUCUUAAAUCUCAAACCAAAUCAUUCUGUGUGUUGAACUGGGGCAGAAGUAUCCCUCCUUACCACGAAGCAGAGAACUUGCAUUCUACCAGAAGGGUCCGUGCAGCCAUUUUAUUUCUCGGGUUGAGAAGUAGCAGUGUUUUUGUUUAUGAUUUGGUUAAUAUGUUAAAAAAAAAAAACAAAAAAACAGGCAACUAGACAGCAAACUCUGAGAUGGCAAUCGUUGAGUGGUUUAUGACUUUCAGUCAAAACUGAUACACCAUAGGAUUUCUGGCCUGGGGCAGGUAUAAAAUAGGAAUUGUAAUGCUCCUUUAGAAGGUCCUAACCAGUUUCUUAAAAGACAGCUUAAUUCCAAUUUCAUCAAAGGUUGUGUUUCCCCAUGAAUGUGAACAUUUCCUCGACCAUCUUACUAUGUAUGCAUUACUGUUGUCUUCUGAAGUGGUUAAAGAACGUCUAGAAAGUACUGAAUGGAGUUUAUGGUAAACCAAGUCCUCAAUCAAGAAUUGUACAGUGAAGUCAUCUCAUAGGCCUGUGUCCGGUCUCCCAAGGCAGUGGAAUGGCUAAUAGCUAAGACUUCUGCUACUUAAUGUAUCAAGGCUCUGCUAAAAGUGUCGCUUGGGUCCCUAUUCCAAAUGACCUUUUCUGUCUUACAUCAUCACUCAGCAGGGUGGAGUUAAAGCUUGUCUUGACAUUACAGAUGUCUCCAACCCUUACUUAAGAAAAUGUGAGAGGGCUCCCUCCGCCAGCCCCUUCAAGGCUUCCCUUUGCUUUCCUAAGUCUUGGGAGUACCACCAUUGUUGAUUGUAUGAAUUGUUUGUUUGUUUGUUUGUUUGUUACAUUCCUGUGACCUAAUAGGAUGAAUACCCCUUUCUCACAGAGACUUACCAGGUGCUGUUGGAAAUAACAGCAUUUGCUGACCAGUGUACUCAUGCUUGCCCAUGACCCCAUCACUUGGGAUAGAGAUAGAUGCAGGGGGAUCAGGAAUUCAAGGUCAUCCUUGACUACAUAGCAAAAUAGAGACCAGCAUUAGCUAUAGGAGACUUUUUUUUUUCUAAAAUAUAUGUUCACUGUAAGGGAGCCUGUUGUGUUUUAUGUUAAGUUUUGCCCUGAGGGAAUUCAGGCUUCCUUUUCUCUGUACCAUCUUGUGAAAUGGGAAAGAGAAACACUGUGUUAUAAAACUGCUAAUAUUGUUAUAACUGUUUCAGACUGAGUAUUUAAACACUGAAGAAGCAGGGUUUGGCGGGCCCAGUGACACACACCUUAAGUCCCAGCACUUGGGGAGCAGAGGCAGGUGGAUCUCUGAGGUCUAGACUGCCCUGACCUAGAUAAUGAGCUCCAGGCCAGCCAGAGUUAUAUAGUGAAACCUGGACUCAAAAACCCUACCCACAAAACAAUAAUGAACACUGCUAGUUGACUUAACAAUAAAUAUAGACAGGCAGACCGGGGGAAAAUGAUUCCUACAGUAAUUCUGUGCUUCAUGCUUUUGAAGGGAUUCCUAACAAAAAGCCUCUCACUUCACAGCCACAAUAUUUGAGGGAAUAAGAGAAGCUCUGGCUAGGUGUGCUCCAGGGCCUGUGCUCGGCAUGUGGGGUUUCCCAUGGUCCUUUCACACAGCUGGUUCCUGUCAGGGAGGGUAAACUUCUGGCACAACUCAGGUUUAACUAGUUGCACUAGCUGUAUUCCAAGAAUUAUUUUUGCUUCAUCUAUAUAGCCUCUCCUUCAGCUCUUUUGUUGUGGUUGUUUUGUUUGUUCUUAAAGAGACACAUGAUCUUUCUCUGUAGCCUCGGCUGUCCUAGAACUCAGUACAUAGCCUAGGCUGCCUUCAAACUUGACAUUACUCCUGCCUUAGCCUCCCAAGUGCUAGGAUGAGAGGUUCAGAUUCAUUAUACAUAAGGAAUAUUGAAAAACAUUGAUUUUUUUCAUGUAAAGAGACAAGUUUUGGGGGCUAGGGAGGUGGCUUAGCAGUUAGGAGCACUUGCAGAGGGCCUGGGUUUGGCUCUAACCACCCACAUGUCUGCUUAACAACUGUUAGCUGCAACUCCAGUUCCUGGGGAUCUGACACCCUCUUCUGGCCCCCGAGGGCACUGCAUGCAUAUGGUAUAUAGAUAUAUAUGCAGGCAAAACACCCAUAUAAAUAUGAAAGUAUUUUGUUUGGUAUAAAAGACCCUUGUACCUAUGAGGACAAGAAAAUUAAUAUUGUUGCUUUUUUGUUUAUUUAUAAUUAUAUUCGAAAGACUAAAACUGCAGCUAGGCAUGGUAGCACAUGCCUAGAAUCCCAGCACUUGGAAGUAGAGGCAGGAAGACCAGAAGUUCAAGGGCAGUCUGGGCUAUUUUGAGACCUUGUCUCUAGAAAAGCAAAAACUCAAAACACAACUGCUCAGCAGUUACUUGCUAAGCUCUAGCUGGUACCACCAGUUGCUUCUGAUGGGUACUGGCAGGUGGUAGGUGACCUGACCUUAAAAGUCAGAAAACGUCAGCAAAGUUCCCCACUCAUGUCCAGGAACCUGUUUGGAGCAACGAACCUCACCCACUCCUGUUUUCUUCCAGUGCACACACAUCAGCGAACCCGCUCCCUCCACCUUUUAGCAUUUUAGGCAGUACAUAUAUGAAUCCUAACUUUGUGAGGACAGCCCUGAGUCAUAGAGAGCAGAGUAGAUUCCAGGCAGUGUGACCAAUCGCCCCUCCCCUUUAAACUAACUGGCCCAGGAGGCGUGAAGUGUUAUGAGGCUGUACUGAGCGUGGCCUAGAUAAUAGGUGUAUCUGACCUGUGAAGUAUGUUCCAUCUAAAAUAUUACUCCUGCUUCAAAAGCUCCCGAGUAAACCUUCAUGUAAAAAGGAGUUCACUGGGAAGAUUCCCUCUUUACUAUAGAUAGAACUAUUCUUUAUCAGAGAUUUAGAGUACCAUUUUGCUAACUGGUAAAUAAAAACAGAUGUAAAUAUGUAAGAAUGUUUAUUUGUUGCACAUAACUUUUUUGGUAUAAAAUAAAUGUAGACAUUACCUGUG